AUGGCUAGCGCUGCGACUACAGUUGACUAUACGUUUGAAUGGCCUGCCGGUCCUAAAGAAGUUGUUGUUACCGGUGAAUUUGACAAUUGGAAGGGCUCUUUGCCUCUGUUGAGAUCUUCUUCGGGGGCUUUUGAAUUGACCUUUCCAGUGAAAAUUCCUGCUGACAAAGACAGGGUGUUUUUUAAGUUCAUUGUGGAUGGCAAUUGGGUUACCAGCGAUGCUUACAGCAAGGGUUCCGAUGCGAAUGGCAUUGAGAACAAUUUCGUAUCCAAGAGCGAGGCUUUGGCGUUGAGCGAGAAUCCUGUUGGAACCAAGAUUCCUGAGGCAGGUGGAUUAGCCUGUGCUACUACGUCAUUUAUUAAGGAAGAUAACGAGAUUCCCGAGCCAGGCUCAUACCCAAAGAUUGGAGGAGUUUCUAAGACUGCCGGACCAGUUUCAAAGACUGAAGAACCACUCGUAAAGACUGAAGAACCGGUUUCAAAGACUGUCGAACCAGUUUCUGAGGACAGCGAAGCUUCCAGACCAACAUCUGCUAGUAAGAAGAACAAGAAUAGGAAGAAGAAGGAGAAGAAGAAGGCCAAGGCUAGAGCUGCUAAAGCGGCUGCUGGUAUGUCCGCUUCAGAACCAACUUUGACUACUUCUGCCCCCAAGCCAGAACCUGGUGCAGUUCCAGUGGUUUCUGAGACUUCUGAAACUGAUGAUACUGAAUUUUCCACGCCUGAACCAACGGCGAUCGCUGCAGUGACGCCUGAACCUAUUAAGCCCGAAGUCCAAGAACCUGUCCCAGAGGUGGCAAAAAAGACGUCAAAGCCAAAGGUGACUGAAGUCACCACCACUAUCGAGGCAUUUGGUGUGACCACUGACGCUCCGGAUGUUAUUAUCCCAAAAUUGGAGGCAGCUGCUAUCCCUACCGUGGCAGUUGAGACCAUUGAAUCAGAAGAGAAACCCAAACCUACCGAAACUCCAGCUAUAACCGAUGCUCCAGCUAAUGUUUCUUCUGCAGUACCAGAGAUUGGGGGCUCUACCGCCGCCUCGAAGGAAGCCGCAUUGGAACCAACUCAAACUGCUUCAUCUUACGACUCGAAGAAAAGAUUUAAGAUUAAGAGAAGAUUUAAGAAAAAUAAGAUCACUGGUGAAAAGAUUAUUGUCUCUGAGGAACGUAUCCCAUUGAGCUCUGAGGAAUCCGGUUCUGAUCAUCCAAUUGUGGAUGAAGAGUUGAUCCCCGAAAAGGGCGAAACUUUGAAAGAUGAAGCUCCUGAGACACAAGGUCUUUCGAGUGAUGUUCACAUACUGCCAAUCGAUGCUUCAGGUGCUGCCGAUAAGGAAUGCACUUCUAUUGUGGGAGGACCCGGUCCAGUUGUACCUCAAAACGUAAACGAGAUUAAGGAAUUCUCGGAAAUCAGAGACGUUGAUGUAGAUGAGCUCAAUGAGAGAUUGAACAAGGAGGAGAGAGAGAAAGAUGCCGCAAAGGCGAAGGCAGCCGCUGAAGAAGCUCAAAAGGAAGUGGCUCAACAGACUUUGGACCCAAAGACUCAACAACAGGGAUUGGAAAAGCAAACCAGUAACAAGCUUCACGAAGUUGGAAACACCGAGAGUGACGUGUCAAAGGAAGAACCAGAGAUCAAGAAGGUAUCUGAAAAGGCCGCUGUCACCGCUGUUCCUGCUGAUCCUAAGGUCCAACCUUCCUCUACAGAGAAGGCAGCACCAUCAAAGACAGAGAAGAAGACUCCAGUCAAGAAGAGUGCGGUGUCUGCUCCAAAACAGGAAGAAAAGAAGAAAAAGGGCGGUUUUUUCGGUAAAUUGAAGAGAAUGUUCCAAUAA